AAUUGUUUUCAGUAAAAGAAAAAAAAAUAAAAAAAAGAUACGAGGUGGCCCGGUCGCUCCGCCCCAGGGGCGACGUGGGCGGCGAAACCUCACCGUCGCCCCCUCCCUUCCCCUCCUCUCCCACGCCUCGCCGCCGCCCGAGCAGCUGCAAAGACGGCGGCGGCGGGGCUCCCCUUUCCCCUCACUCCUGGUCAAGUGGUUGGGGGCGCCGAUGAGACCGGAGCACGAGGGGCGCAACUCGGCGAGGACAGCCAGAUCCGGCGCCGUUGAGUUCGGAUCCGGCCCUCCCUUGGCUGGAUCUAGGCUAGACGCGCGGGUCGGCGGCGAAGGUGGCGGCCGCGGCGCGAGGGCCGCGCGGAGGAGGCGGCUGCGGUGGCGGCGACCGAGGCGCGAGGGCCACGCGGAGGAGGCGAUAGCGGCGGCGACCGCGGUGCGAGGGGCGCACGGAGGAGGAGGCGGUGGCGGCCGCGGCGCGAGGGCCGCGCGGCGGCGACCGCGGCGCGAGGACCUCGCGGUGACGGUGGCUGCGGCUCGCGGACGUGCGUCAACUGCUGCUUCUCUGGCCUGUGUGCACGGGGAAGCGGUUGGCGGCGGCGACGUCUCUUCUCCCAGCCGGCUUAAAAAGCCCAUCUCGUGGAGCUCCUCCCCUCCUAUGGCCAGAUCCUAUCCUGGCCGUGGGGAGCUUCGGGAGAGGGUGGACGCGGCGGCUUGUGCAGAGGACGACGGUGCCAUGGCGACGUGCGGGAGCAGGCCGCGAGCCUACCUAAGCCGUGGAGUGGUGAACUGGGCUAACUGGUGGCUGAUGAGAUGAUGUGGUGGUUCCGCGACGGUUGUUGUGUGGUUCGGUGGUGGCGCUGGACGAAAAUCAUUGGCAAAAGCCUUGCUUAGCCUUUGGCUAGCACGACAACGGCGGCGCCUUUGGCGUCGUUCCCUUCUUGGAGGCGUCGUUAUAGCAUUUUCUCCACGCUACCAGUCUUUAGGUGAAAACUGUGAUCCGGUUUCCGGACGGGCGAUGGUGGCGUUUCACGUCGUAUCCUCCUUGGGGGCAUCGUCUUGGAGAACCUUACCCAUGCACCAUUUGCCGCUUGUGGACUCCUGUGUCAGCUUGAUGCGCUAGAUGCCUAGGUGCUUGGUGAGGCCUUGUCCUUCUUGGUUCCUUUCUUGUAUUGGUGGCAUCCAGCUUCUUCAUCUGUCUCUGUCGGGUGGAGUCGGAGCUGCUACGUCGUUGGGGUACGACGAAGCUUGGCAACGAUAACAUUUGCAGUUUCUCUCUAGGGAUGUGGGUGUUGCUAGUACAGGCUUUGGCGCUUCAGGGGCUUGGCUGAUGUCCAAAGUGUGAGCUUGGUGUUGCUUUGCUCGGUUUAGCGGUGCCUACAAUGAUGCCAUAAUCGCCAUGGAGUCGGAGCUGCUGGGUCGCUGGGCGGCUAGCUCGGCAACGAUGACACGUGCCUUGUGAUGUCAACGCGGUGUGCCGCCUCUUCAGCAUCUCGACAUCGAUGUUCGUCGUUGGAUUCCGCCAUCGUUUCGUUGAUAGUUUGGCUAGAGUGGUGUGGAGCUCCGUGUGCUGUGUGGUUGUACCGGCCACGGUGGAAAGGCUUGGCGAGUCUCUACUCGCCGAGAGGUUGUUUUUUCUUUUUCUGUAACCCGUCUGGGUUUUUACUCCUGCUUAAUGAAAUAUAAUUGGCAGUUCUCCUGCCGGUUUAGUUUAAAAAAAAAGUAAAAGAAAAAAAAAAGAAAGAGUAUUUUCAUAUGAAGAACUGCCAUGGUAGUGUUUUUUUUUUCAGAAGUCUCAUCGGUGGGUUGUCUUAGAUAGCCACCACCAUUAGAUUCAUGGUAGUGUUGUAACACCAUUGCUGGCUCAGUUUCGAUAAAUAAUAUCGUUGUAUGUUGAACAGUAGUAAUACCUGUAUGAGCCAUCCCAACACACGA